UUGACAAAUAAGAUGUCAAUAAUAAUUAUGUUUACAAACAAUUCUGCUCAUCUGUAAAAUUUCGCUUUUAUUCGUGUCGGAGGUUCAGAUUCCGGGACUUUUAUGCAAUUUUAUAAAGACAUGGUUAAUUAUACAAACAAUACCAGCAGAAACGAAUUAGAGAGUUACAACGCCACAAUAUCAACUGUGGAUUACUGGCCGGAGUUCGGAGUGUUACAAUACUUUGAGUUCUCAUAUAUUUUGCUGAUAAUUAUUUUGGGAUUGUUUGGAAAUAUUAUUGUGAUAUCCUCCAUCGUACUAGAGAAAAAAAUUCACACGAGCGGAAAUAUUUUCAUUAUAAACUUGGCAGUUGCGGAUCUUUUGGUGUGUUCAAUAACUCUACCAUCAGUAGCCGUGAACAUUAUUAUCAAAUCUAAUGCACUCAGUCCUUUCUUAUGCGAUAUCGUUGGAUAUAUUGUUACGGCAACGUGCGCUUGUUCUGUGUGUAAUUUAUGUCUCAUUGCAGUGAAUAGAUAUUGGGCAGUCGUGCGCUCAGCUUCUUACAGACGUUUAUUCACCCGAAAAAUUGGAUUAACCAUGGCAAUAUCUGCAUGGAUAUGGUCGAUUUUACUUGUGUCUCCUACAGUACUUGGUUGGGGAGGAUUAACGUUUGAUGCCAAAGCUUUGGUGUGUGGAUGGUCGGAUACAGCAUCACUAUCUUAUUCAAUAUUUCUAAUAUUUGUCGGGGUUCUUUUACCGUUGGGAAUAAUUGCUUUCUCAUAUUAUAAAAUUUUCAGCACCGUUCGAGCGAGUGGCCGAUGGACGCGGAACUUGGCAUCAAACGGAAAUAGUCUUAAUUCUGGCGAUAGAAAACGACGAUCUAUGCAGAGAGAGCGUAGUCUAAUUUAUACACUUGUAUCAACUGUGAUUGUUUUUUGCGUAUGUUGGAGCCCUUAUGCAAUACACGUUUUAAUUGAUCCUGAACACAUAUCACCACACGCCAAGAAGGUUCUUGUUUGGCUGGCAUUAAGUAACUCCAGCGUCAAUUUUAUUAUUUAUGGAACUCUAAAUCCUGCUUUCAAGAAAAGAUAUCGUAAAUUAUUUCAAUUUAUAUUCCGUUGCAUCAAGAGAGGAACUUCGUCCAGACGACAAAGUGCGAGUGGCUGUAGUUCUCCAGGGACAGGAGAUCGUUCUGGGAUUAAAAACGCAGGAAAUUCUCCAAUCGCGCUUCGAGAGCUCAAUCGACCAUCGGAAAGUCGUGAAUAUAAUUUAAUAAGAGCACUCAACAAUUCCACGGUAGAUUCCCAGACACGGGAUGAAUUGAAGGUUUUCAAAGGCGUCAGGUUGGCCUAAUUGGCAACAUUUAGAAUAUUACAGCAGAUGUCGAGUGACCUGGUUCAACGAAUUCUACUUACUGCUUGAUGAUUUUAUUUAUUUAUCUAAAUAUAUCUCAACAGCAUAUGUUUAUUUCGCGGGUACAGAAUUACCAAUGAAAAGACAAUAUUUAUGACAACACGUUUUGCGUUUGAUAAAAAAAUACAGGGGCGUGAUCUUAUAACAGGUUAUUUCUCUACUCAUUAAGGACAAGCAAAAUAUACUGAGAGAAUUCAUAUCAACUGUUUUUAUAUACAAAAUAAUUUAUAUAUACAAAGUUUAUAGUUUACGAAUAUUAGGUCAUUCAAGGCAUAUUACUAA